UUUUGAUUGGUCUCGCCUGUCUAGUUGUCGAGUGUAGUCGCUCCUGGAAAAGAAUCUGAGGGGUUGAAAAGUUGCUUUGUUUUAGUUUUGUUGAAAUAAUUGUGAGUUUGCUCAGGCUGUUUAAGUUCUGCUAAAAUUAUGGCUUCCUCGGAUGUAGCUCGACAGCUGGAUAAAGGAGCCCGGCCCUUGUCCCUAGCUGGCCAUGUCGGCUUUGACAGUCUCCCAGAUCAGCUUGUCAACAAGUCCAUCAGUCAGGGCUUCUGCUUCAAUAUUCUCUGCAUCGGUGAGACUGGUAUUGGCAAGUCGACACUGAUGGACACACUGUUUAACACCAACUUUGAGAACUUUGAGUCGUCCCACUUUGAACCUCAGGUGAAGCUGCGGGCUCAGACCUACGACCUGCAGGAGAGCAACGUCAGGCUCCGUCUCACUGUGGUCAACACCGUCGGCUUUGGGGACCAAAUGAACAAACAAGAAAGCUAUCAACCGGUGGUGGAUUACAUUGAUAAGCAAUUUGAGACUUACCUUCAGGAGGAGCUGAAAAUCAAGCGCUCUUUGCACAACUACCAUGACUCACGAGUGCAUGCCUGCCUGUACUUCAUCUCCCCCUCGGGUCAUUCGCUCAAAUCCCUGGACCUCGUUACAAUGAAGAAGCUGGACAGCAAGGUGAACAUAAUUCCAGUCAUUGCCAAGGCGGACACCAUCAGUAAGAGCGAGCUGCACAAGUUCAAGAUCAAAAUCAUGAGCGAACUGGUCAGCAACGGCGUUCAGAUCUACCAGUUCCCGCUUGACGAUGAGACCGUGGCAAAGGUCAACACCACUAUGAACGGCCAUCUCCCAUUUGCUGUCGUAGGCAGCACAGAGGAAGUGUGUGUUGGCAAUAAGAUGGUGAAAGCUCGCCAGUAUCCAUGGGGCGUUGUUCAAGUGGAAAACGAGCACCAUUGUGACUUUGUGAAACUGAGGGAGAUGCUCAUUUGUGUAAACAUGGAAGACUUGAGAGAGCAAACCCACACACGCCAUUAUGAGCUUUACCGGCGCUGCAAAUUAGAGGAGAUGGGAUUUAAGGACACGGAUCCGGAGUGCAAACCUGUCAGUUUACAGCAGACGUAUGAGGCCAAGCGUCAGGAGUUCCUGGCUGAGCUGCAGAAGAGGGAGGACGAGAUGAGGCAAGUUUUUGUGCAGAGGGUGAAGGAGAAGGAAGCAGAGCUGAAGGAGGCUGAGAGGGAGCUGCAGGGUCGUUUCGAGCAGCUGAAGCGUCUGCAUGCGGAGGAGAAAGCAGCUCUCGAGGAGAAGAAGCGUCUUCUGGACAUCGACCUGACUUCUUUCGGGAAUAGAAAAACUGCGGCUGCGCUGCUUCAGCCUCCGGGCUUCACGGUCAACGGGAAGAAAGACAAGGACCGGAAGAAUUCUGGCUUCAUGUGAAGAUGUAAGAGGUCCGAAGUGCAGAUCAUUAUGGCCAUUAUAACCAGUGGCCUUUUGUCCACAUUCUUUUAAGCCAGUCCACGACACUAACGAGAAAAAAACACAGCACCCACGGCUGUACCAUGUAUUAGCUUGAGCUGCCAAAGUUUAAACACAGUUUCCAAAAACCUAUGUACACUAUCUUCUGAGGUAUUUGUAAUCUCUUUUAAAUUCUUCGGGCUGGGGGGUUGUUUGUAUUGUUUUGUUUUUGUAUUUAUCCUCUUUUUUUUUUUUUUGGCCAGGCUAAAGAAAAACCAUUUCAAAUGCUGUUUACAAAUCACUUAGACUGGUACAAAAA